GGUGAUUUGUUUGUUCCUGAAAUUUUGGUGGACAAUAAAUAAGCAUUUGAAAAACUGGGUUCAGAAUCUAACCUAACCCAACCCUAAUUUCAAUUUGAAGUUGUUACUAAUGGAGUAAAAAUCGAAACUUGGAAUGACAAUUCUCUUCUCCGUGAUUACACUUUUCCCAAUUUCUUUCGUUUUUCAAUUCUUCAACAAUUAGAAACAACAAUGGUGGAUCAUCACGAUUUGCCAAUGGUAGUUAUCACCGAUAACAAAGACGAUUUUUCUGUAUUUCCCCCUAUCAAUCACGAGAAUCUCAAUCUCAUAACAAAUCAUCAAACCCCAUCUUCACAAUCGCAAUCGCAAUUGCUAUCAACCCCUUCUUCUUCAUCUCCAUCUUUUUCCACUUCUGAUUCUGACAAGUGGGGUGAAUUUUCUUCUCUCUCGCCGCCGCUCGAUUCUAGUGUCCGAAAAGGUGGUGACUUUAUCGGGUGGAUGAGCAUUGGCUUCCAGAUCUUGCGUUCUAAAUUCCUUUCCGCAGUUUCCUCUUGCCGGAACCCUGGAGGGGCAAUUCGGUCAUAUGGGUUACCGGCUGCCGUCGUGGUGAUUAUCGUCGUGAUGAUGAUGAAGAGGAAGGAGAGUAGGAGGAACCUCACACCUAAUGAGUCUCGUCUUCUGAAAAUCAUUAUGGAGAAAGAUGGGAAAAUUGCCCAACUUUUGCACCAGAUUGCACAAAUGAAUGAAAUACUGAUAGAUAGUCACAAAGCUUUGACUGUAAAAAAAGGUUAAAUGGUUGGCUAAGGUGUUAGUUAGGAUGUAAAUUGACAAGAACUAAAAACAAAUUUUGAUUCUCAGUGCAUAUUCUCUGCAACAGAAAAGUGAAUGAAUUGUCAAAGAUUGGGGAUUUUAUCAUUAAUACAGAAAAACGAACUGUCCUCAAGCUGGCAUUAUUUGUGAAUGAUCAUCUGUUCAGCGGCAAACCAUGGAAUUUUGGUAGGGAUGCUCGUAGAGCACACUCUAAGUCUAACUGUACUAAUCGUUAGUUAGCUAGGUUCUUCUUGUUCCGAUAAUUAGCACAAGUUGCAUUUGUACAAACUCUUGAUUUCAAAUUGAUGACUAUUUUUGUUUAGUUUUAAGAAAGUCUUAAACUUUGUUUUCUUGGACAAAAGUCUAUUUUUGUUGCUGAGGCUCUAUUUUUUUGAUGAAAUUUUGAGGCAUAUAAUGUUAGGUUUGAUUGAUGUUCAUGUGUAUGAAAACAAAUUAUGCAGAAAGGUUUUUGUCUAUGGUACCUAAUAGUAUAAUGAUGAAGCAAUAGUGCGUAAAAAUAAUGAAAUAAUGACAUUUUCAAAAAUAAGUGUUUGGCAAAUCAUUUGAUUUUAAAACUCUAACUAAAUUAUAAAGAAAUUAUGAAGCAAUAGUGCGUAACAACUCAUAAUUGUGGACAAAUGUUGUGUUGGUAUUGACCCAAGAACAGAUCAUGUAUUCAAAUUAGUGAAAAAUGGGUCAAAUUGAUCUAAAGUUGGUGGUAAAAAUUCAAAUU